AUGAUGGAAUACGAGGAAAUAGAACAUGAUGAAAGCCCUUUAACGGUUGAUCAGGAGUAUGAACUCUGGAAGUCAAAUGUUUCUUUAAUGUAUGACUUUGUUAGUGAAACUAAAUUGACAUGGCCGUCAUUAUCUAUUCAAUGGCUACCUUCUGUUGAUGCCAAUGUCCCAUUAAAACAACAAGAAAUGAUUUUAGGUACCCAUACAUCUGGAGAUGAAAAUAAUUACUUGAAAAUUGCUGCGAUUGACCUUCCAUAUGAAGUAGUUGGCCUUCCAGAUGAGGAUAAUUCCUCUGAACCAGUCAAAUCUAUGAUUAAAGUUACUAAAAAAUUCGAACAUGAAGAUGAAGUUAUUCGAGCAAGAUACAUGCCCAAGAAUGAUAAAAUAAUUGCUACAAUUAAUGGUAAAGGAAAAAUUUUCAUCUAUGAUAGAUCGAAGAGCAAAUCUGAAGGAUUGUGCAAAACUCUAUCAUACCAUAAAGACAACGGGUAUGGGUUAGCGUUUAAUCCACAGAUUGAAGGGGAGCUUCUAUCCGCAUCUGACGAUACUACGGUGGCAUUAUGGGAUAUAAAUUCGACAGAUAGGCCAGUAAGUAUAGUAAUGAACCACACUGAUAUAGUGAAUGACUCAAAAUGGCAUGAAUUUGACGAAAAUAUCUUUGGUACAGUGUCAGAAGAUAAAACACUUCAAGUACAUGACAAGAGAUCCCUCUCUAAUUCUGCUCAAGUUCUUCCUGUGGAAAAGCCACUGAAUGCUCUGGCAUUUAGCAAGCACAGUAAGAAUCUCAUAGCAGCUGCAGGAACUGAUACCAGGGUAUAUCUAUACGAUUUGAGACGCCUCUCGGAACCAUUGCAUACUAUGGCUGGACAUCAAGAUGCAGUGACCAGCAUAGAGUUCUCUUCUCACAAGGAUGGAAUUUUAUGCUCCAGUGGAUCAGACAGAAGAUUAUUCAUUUGGGACCUCACUCAAAUUGGUGCUGAACAGGCACAGGAGGAUGCUGAUGAUGGUGUACCGGAGUUGAUGAUGAUGCACGCGGGUCACAGGAGUGCAAUAAAUGAUUUUUCUUUCAAUCCACAAGUUCCUUGGUUAAUUGCAAGCGCUGAAGAAGACAAUGUGGUACAAGUUUGGAAAAUAUCUAAAAAGCUGGUUUCUAAUAUCAUACCUGAAUAUACGGAUUUAAAGUCUUUAGAAUAG